AUGCUGGCACAAAAUAUUUGGCGAGCAACAAUGAAUGAACAACAAACCAAGAAGAAUAAUAGUGAUACUAAAUCAUCUCGUUUAAAUCAUAAAGAAGAUAAUAUUACUGACCGCUUUGUACGAUCUAAUAAUAAUCAUUCAACUGAUAGUACAUUGUCACAAUCCUCGAUGAACUCUUCGAAUUUGAAAAAUCCACUGCAAUCCUCAAAACAUCAAGUACCACAAAAUGAUCAACAAGAUUCUUUAAGACUCUUGCCAUUAACAAUUGAAAGAAAUGCUGAAAUAAUAGAAAACAAAAAGAAGAUGUUUCUUGAUAGUGAUCAACAACAAGAGCAAGGAGAAAAUUCAUCAGAAAAAAAACAUUCUGAAUCAAAAUGUUAA